AUGAUCCCUCGCCCCCUGCAGGCUCGUCGGUCUCGUCCUUUGUCGGCAAUUUUUAUUGGCUCUGCUGGUUCGACGCCCCCCACGCUCCCAGACUUACCCGAACCUCCAAGCCCAAGUACUUCAUCCAACGCCUCCGGCUUACCAUCGCCUCCCGCCACAAACUCCACCGGGAGCGGCAGCGUUGGAGACCGAAGUACAAGCGCCGGCAGUAUCCGUCACCGAACCCCCGGCUCCAAACCAACCCCCAGCAUGUCGGGCGGUCUAGGUGACAAGACCCACCACAGGAAGAGAUCAUCCGUUAUAGAAGACGACGAUAAUCCAGACGACAAUGAGAACGAUGAGGAUCACACGGCGCGGCUAUCGGACGACAGGAGGAAGUCCAAUGGCAAGGGGGAUAACCAGGAUGCGUUGCUGCGGGUGAAGAGCCUUACCCAACGAAAUCGCAUGGUACUGGAUAAGCUUUCUUCCAUCUCGCGCAUUGGCUCUCCGGCACCGUCAAGCGCUUCGCGGUCCCCCCUUUCCCCGCCGCUUGGGUCUUCCUCUUCCUCCGCAACAUCUUCAUCCUCACGUGUAGUAUCGGGGACGCAACCCAGACCUCCAUCGGCCCUAACGUCAUCAACGAACGCCCGACGGCGCAGCACUCAGCUUUCUGGCUCAGAGACCGAGCGGGAAGGUCAGACCACCUCUACAUAUUCGGCCUCCUCAGAUGGCAACACCACACCCCCACCACUGUUCACACCGCCAGAACCCCGUGGCACACUGUCAGUUCGGCAAAGACGCAUAUCCGCUCCGGCUUCCCCCGGUAAAGCGAGGACGGCUGCGGCCGCUCGGGAGAGGGAGCGCGGAUCACCAGGUCCUUCAAGAACGCCUCGCACCAAGCGCGUCUCAGUCACACUAUCUGUGGAUGAAGGUUACGCGAAUCGUCCAGACGAUGACGAUGUCACUGCGGCUGCUCUUGAGGCGGUCGCUUCGUCACGGCGAAGCCCGACACAGAAGAAGGGAAGACAGCCCCUACCCAGGGAGUUUAGGGAAAGGAAGAUAUCGGACGAAAAGGUGCGUAUCAUGAUCAUCAAAUCUCCCAUGGUUGAACCCGCCACACCUCAUCGAGUGACAAAUCGCAGUGAACUUGGUCGAGCUUCCCCAUCGCCAAGGAAAACCCGCAUUUCCACUUCAGAUCCACCCGGUUCUCCUAGGAGAUUGGGCCAGGCGAGAUAUUCCACUGUUCGAGAGCUUACUCGUAAGCAUCAAAUACGUUGGAUGUCCGAGGACCUCAGCUCACCCUCCCAAGAUUUCGCUUUGGAAUCCGGGGUCGGGAGGCGAAAUGGUCAGCGCAGUGGUAGCGGGGAAGGCAUGUCUGGCACUAUGGGCAGGAGCGUAGUGGGCGAGGGGCUCAAGGCAGCAGGUCUCGCAAAACGGCGCGACGACGACGUCUUCUCUUCAAAUGGCAGCGGCCCGUCGUCACGGCGAAAUCGUUCAUCACACAAAUCGUUCGCUGGAGAAGACGACGUCAGCUUCGAGUAUGAUGAAGGAACCCGCGUUGAAGGUGUCGGUCUUCCACUCAAUCCCAAAACUCCGAUCAAUGCGAGCCACCGACUCAGGCCCUCAAGUACCAUAGGUACCCGACCAGGGACGUCCAUGGCGGCCCUCAACGGCGACGAUGCUCCCCCUCGAACCGCUCCUCCCGCUCUUCGCUCCUACAAGUCUUCAUACGCCCUCCCCGAUCGCGUCGCCGAACUGGCACAGCCGACCCCAAUCGGCCGUUCCUCUCCUUUCAGCACCGUUCGCUCCUCUACUGCACAGAGUGGAGCUCGAGAUGGCAGCAGCGACCACCGAAGGUUGAUGAUGGAGGCUUUGACCAUGUUCGAGUCGCAGCUCUCUCGCUUUCCGCCCAUGGGUCAGACCACGACGUCUACAAUCCCAGAAGUCUUCCAGAGCGCCCAACACCUCGUUCAUUCUCUCGACAAACUCAAUGCGAUGCUCAAAGAAGGGACAAACAAGGCUUUGGACGCUCAGAUCGACGCGGAACUCGCUGACGGUCAGGGCGGAGUGGAUCUCUCGGAACUGUGGCGAGAGGUUGGCGCGGACCACAGGGAGAACCUCCGCAUUAGCGACGAGGUGGUGCGUAAUAUGACUGGCUUCCUCCUGGGCGUGGGCAAAAUUCUCCGCGACACGACCUCUUCCAACCAACAUCUGCGGACGAUGAGCUUAGACGAAGACAUCACACGGAGGAUGACACCCGAUGUCCAAGCGUUCAACGGUCACGACUCAGAUUCACGGAGGAGCAGGGAGAUCAGGCAUAGCUGGGAACCUGACAACGAAUCGGCGCGGUUGCGCGCGCGGCUGACCAGCCUCGAGCGGGCCAAUGGCUCCAUGCGAUUGCGGCCAGGAUCUGCGUUGAAUCUCGGGCGCAGCUCAGCAACCACAUCCAGCAGUGAGGAGCGAAGCAAUGCGGGCGCAAAUGAUGGCACUCCUGCCACUGUCCGGCAGUCGGCACCCAUCUCUGGUCCGACCUCAGUCGCUCGCAGGUUGUACACGCCGCGCGAACGCGUGGACUCGGUCGUCAGCACAUUCAGUCCUGACCGAAUGGAACCCCCUGACUACGAGCCGUCUCCCACACCUUCGACACGACAAGGUAUGAACGUUUCCAAUCGCCGCGCCUUCCCCUCUAUCGCCGUACCACCUAGCCUCUCGACCCUACCUUCGGAGUCCCUCAUCGCGACCGGCAGCCAUUCUGGCUCGGACAAGAGCAAGGCGCGCAAGAUUUCCGUGAGCUCCACACAGACCGUGCGAGCAGAGCCCUCUCCGUUCUCCUCCAUCAAACCUUCGAAUCCUACAACCGCGCUCACUCACACGACGGUAUCCACGUCGCCCGAGAACUCCACCGCCGCGAAGCCGUUCCCCAUGCUUCGCAACGACUCUGGCUCCUCCGCGCGCUCGAAUGGCGGCGUCACCUUCUCGCGCGCGACGAUGUCGUCCGCCGUCCACGGUCUCAAGGCCCAGCAGGAUCGCAACGGCGGGUCGCGCAGCCGGAACGUGUCCAUGCGCUCGGCGUUCGCUGACGAGGGCGUCUCCCGACCACGGGCCAGCCUGGAGAGCAGUCGGGGCGAUGAGAGUCCGGUGGACGCGGUGCGGAGGAGUCUGGCGACGACGGUGUCGUACUCGGCGGCGAGGAAGGAGCGGCGCCGGACGAUCACCGAGAUUUUUACGCAACGAUGA